GUUAGAAGCCGCCUCUGAGUAACCGGAUUCCUGGCUGCCAAACCUCGGGGGCCCGGAGGAACAGGCGGGCCUGCAGCAGAUCCCGGAUCCGGAGUUUUCCGGAGGGGAGCGGAAUCAGGGUCGAUUGUGAUCCAAAGCAGGUCUGUGAGCAAUUCCUAAACUUGGAACAAGAAAUCCUGGGCCCCGUAUUGACAAACCCCGGAACCCGGAAUUAAGGUCGAAAAGUCCCGGAUCGCGGAACCCCGUGCGCGGAGCGGACUCGACGCGGAGCCGGGAGACCGGAUCGUUGCGCCGCCGGACGGGACGGAGCGAUGUCCGGCCGUGGCGCGGGCGGGUUCCCGCUGCCCCCGCUGAGUCCCGGCGGCGGCGCGGUUGCUGCGGCUCUGGGAGCACCGCCUCCUCCCGCGGGACCCGGAAUGCUGCCCAACCCGGCGCUUAGGGGCCCGGGGCCUGCUGGAGGCAUGGGGGCCCCCGGGGCUGCCGCCUUCCGUCCCAUGGGCCCCGCGGGCCCCGCGGCACAGUACCAGCGGCCUGGCAUGUCACCAGGGAGCCGGAUGCCCAUGGCUGGCUUGCAGGUGGGACCCUCUGCUGGCUCCCCAUUUGGUGCAGCUGCUCCACUUCGACCUGGCAUGCCACCCACCAUGAUGGACCCAUUCCGGAAACGUCUUCUUGUGCCCCAGGCCCAGCCCCCAAUGCCUGCCCAGCGCCGGGGGAUUAAGAGGAGGAAGAUGGCCGAUAAGGUUCUACCUCAGCGUAUUCGGGAGCUAGUCCCAGAGUCUCAGGCAUACAUGGAUCUCUUGGCUUUUGAGCGGAAGCUGGACCAGACCAUCGCUCGCAAGCGGAUGGAGAUUCAGGAAGCCAUCAAAAAGCCCCUAACGCAAAAGCGAAAGCUUCGAAUCUACAUUUCCAAUACGUUCAGUCCCAGCAAGGCAGAUGGUGAUAGUGCAGGAACUGCAGGCACCCCUGGGGGAACCCCAGCAGCAGACAAGGUGGCUUCCUGGGAACUCCGAGUGGAGGGCAAACUGCUGGACGACCCUAGCAAACAGAAGAGAAAGUUUUCUUCCUUCUUUAAGAGCCUUGUCAUUGAGCUGGACAAGGAACUAUAUGGACCUGAUAACCAUCUGGUAGAGUGGCACCGGAUGCCUACCACCCAGGAGACAGAUGGCUUUCAGGUGAAACGACCUGGAGACCUCAACGUCAAGUGCACCCUCCUACUCAUGUUGGAUCAUCAGCCUCCUCAGUAUAAAUUGGACCCUCGACUGGCCAGGCUGCUGGGAGUGCACACACAGACGAGAGCUGCCAUCAUGCAAGCCCUGUGGCUCUACAUCAAGCACAACCAGCUGCAGGAUGGACACGAGCGAGAGUACAUCAAUUGUAACCGUUACUUCCGCCAGAUCUUUAGUUGUGGCCGACUUCGUUUUUCUGAGAUUCCCAUGAAGCUGGCUGGCUUGCUGCAACAUCCAGAUCCCAUUGUUAUCAACCAUGUCAUUAGUGUGGACCCUAAUGACCAGAAGAAGACGGCCUGUUAUGACAUCGAUGUGGAGGUAGACGACCCACUGAAGGCACAGAUGAGCAAUUUUCUGGCCUCUACUACCAACCAGCAGGAGAUUGCCUCUCUUGAUGUCAAGAUCCAUGAGACCAUCGAGUCCAUCAACCAAUUGAAGACCCAGAGGGAUUUCAUGCUCAGCUUUAGCACUGACCCACAGGAUUUCAUCCAGGAAUGGCUCCGUUCCCAGCGUCGUGAUCUCAAGAUCAUCACUGAUGUGAUUGGCAAUCCUGAGGAGGAGAGACGAGCUGCUUUCUACCACCAGCCCUGGGCCCAGGAAGCAGUGGGGAGACACAUCUUUGCCAAGGUGCAGCAGCGAAGGCAAGAACUGGAACAGGUGCUGGGAAUUCGCCUGACCUAACUGCUCAGGGAUCUCCCCCUUUCCUCCCAACCCCGGAGCUGGGCAGAGGACCACCCUCUGGGCCCAGGCUGGGGCUGCAGACAUCUAAAUGGGGUCAGGGCUGUCUCCAGCACCCUCUAUGCCCCAGCUUUAGUUUCAUAAAUGUAGUGAUAGGAUUCCUGGUUGCUUGGUCUCCAAAGCCUUUUACUUGCUUUUUGCAUUGGCUUUUAUUGGGUUCUCAAGAGGCCGCCUCUGCCCCCUGCAGGCAGGCCUAAGUAGGACUGCUGGCAGCUGGGUUUUGACUUUCAAGUGAGACAUUUUGGAACCAAAGGCCUCUGGGUUUGCAUGUUUACAGGCCCCGCCUCGGGGCCAGUGUCAGAGCUGGCUCUGGGAGCUGGGUGAGACUCUUCCUUAGCCUUUCUAAACCAAAGUUCUUUGCCAUUCCUAUAAGCCCAGCCUUGCUGCUGGUUUUUCCUUUCCUUUGGGUAUUUGCACUAUUUUGGGAGCAGGUUUUUCUAUGUGGGAGCCACAUUUUUUUGUACAGGGGUUAAGCUGGGGUCUUUCAGGGAGCCCUAUUUGGUGCCUCCUCUUCUUUCCUUGAUCUAUGCAAGCGGCUGCAGCCGCCAUCAUCUCCUGGGAUAUCAUUGGGGGGAGGGCUGCCCUGCCAGCUGCUUGGGCUGGCGGAGCCUCCUAGAGGGAGGGCACAUGCCAGUUCUAGCCCUGCCUUGAGGUAGA